AUGGCAGCUCUACAGGGUAAACAUAGGGCUAAUAGACAAAUAAUAGCCCUUCUCCUCUUUCUGUGCGCAUCCGAGGGUGACGGGGGUACAGUGCGGUAUUCGGUGGCCGAAGAGAUGGAGAGCGGCUCCUUUGUGGCCAAUGUAGCCAAGGAUCUGGGACUGGAGGCGGGAGAAUUGUUAACCAGAGGGGCGCGGCUGGUUUCAGAUGACAGCAAACAGCAUUUUCGACUCCACCGCAAGACGGGAGACCUCUUUGUGAAAGAGAAGUUGGACCGAGAGGAGCUGUGCGGGAAAGCAGACCCGUGCGUGCUACGCUUUGAAAUAGUCCUGGAGGAGCCGUUGCAGUCCUUCAGAGCCGAGGUAAGGGUUUUUGAUAUCAAUGACAAUGCCCCAGUGUUCCCAAAUCACGGGCCACUUUUAAAAAUCCCUGAAAGCACUCCCCUGGGCUCUCGGUUUCCUUUGCAGAGCGCCCAGGAUUGGGACGUAGGGCUCAAUGGCCUUCAGAAUUACACUCUGAGUUCCAACGCCUAUUUCCACUUGCACACUCGUUUUCGCAGCCACGGCCCCAAAUAUGCGGAACUCGUGCUAAUUAAACCCCUAGAUCGAGAGGAACAGCCUCAGGUUAACUUAACCCUCACCGCAGUGGAUGGCGGCUCCCCGGCUAAAUCUGGAACAGCUCAGAUCCUUGUCUCGGUUCUUGAUGUAAAUGACAACGUCCCUCAGUUUUCUCGGUUGGUGUACCGCACCCAGAUAUUGGAAAAUAGUCCCAAUGGUUCUUUAGUAAUCUCUGUGUCCGCUACCGACCUAGACGACGGCACUAACCGAGAAAUAACGUAUUCUUUGGCUCAAAAUCCAGAAGGAAUUCAUCAGACUUUUCACAUCAACUCUGAAAAUGGAGAAAUCCGACUUCGAGGACCAGUGGAUUUUGAAGCUGUUGAGAAUUAUGAUAUUGAUGUUCAAGCCAUUGACGGUGGGGGGCUGUCUGCUCACAGCAAAGUCCUGGUGGAAGUGAUAGAUGUGAACGACAAUGCUCCGGACGUACUGGUCACUUCCAUUUCAAGCCCAAUCCCAGAGGACUCUCCACUCAAUACAGUCGUGGCCCUUUUUGGUGUUCGAGACCGUGACGUUCGAGUAGGAGGGAAAAUCACCUGCUUCCUUCAAGGCAAUCUUCCAUUUACCAUCAAACCGACAUUCAGAAAUUCCUAUUCUUUGGUCACUGGAGGGGCCCUUGAUCGUGAGAAAGUCCCAGGAUAUAACUUGACUAUUAUAGCCAUGGACACAGGUACUCCUACGUUGUCCACAGAGACAACCAUCGAAGUGCUGAUAUCCGAUAUUAAUGAUAAUCCCCCUGUGUUUAAGGAGGCGUCUUAUACCAUGACUGUCAGAGAGAACAACAGCCCUGCAGUGUUUAUUGGUAAAGUCCACGCUGAGGAUCUAGAUUCUGAGGAGAAUGCCCAGAUUACUUAUUCACUGCUUCCUCCCGAAAGUGGUGAUCUUUCUGUCUUCUCCUAUAUCUCCAUUAAUUCGAACAAUGGGAAGCUCUAUGCUUUGAGAUCUAUGGACUAUGAAGCAAUCCAAGCCUUUCAAUUCGUUGUGAAGGCGGUAAAUGGUGGGCCCCUGCCUUUGAGCAGCCAAAUCACCGUCCGAGUAGUUGUCUUAGAUGUCAACGACAACCUCCCAAUGAUUUUGUACCCCCUGCAAAAUAGCACUUCGCCUUGCAAUGAUCUGGUGCCCAGGGCAGCAGAGGUGGGUUACUUGGUGACAAAAGUGGUCGCUGUUGAUGGGGACUCUGGUCAGAAUUCUUGGCUUUCUUAUGAAUUGCUCAAGGCCACAGACCUUGGGCUGUUUUCCGUGGGACGGCAAAACGGAGAAAUUCGAACCUUACGGAUGAUAACGGAGAGAGAUCAUAUGAAGCAAAAAAUGGUCGUUGUGGUUCGGGAUCACGGCCAGCCUAGUCUCUCAACCACUGCCACACUGAAUAUUCUGCUGGUAGAUGGUUUCUCUGAUCCUUAUGUACAGCUUCGAGAUCAGUCCAAGCGGGAGAGGAAAACAAAACCCUCCACCAAAUACCUAGUUAUUUCCCUGGCUGUGCUUUCCUGUUUCUUUCUGUUUUCAGUCACUGUAAUUUUCCUUAUUCACAUCUGUCAGAAAAUCAAAUAUCGAGAAAAACAGUUUACUGCUUCUGAGCACUUCUACUAUGACUGCAGUUUCCCUAGUCAUUUGAUAGAUGGACAGAGUGGGGAGACUCUGGGCCGAGUCUGUCCUUAUGAAGUAGGCUCUGCUACAGGAACUAGUAAUAGUGAGUUUCGGUUUCUCAAACGAUUCAUGCCCAACUUUCCAGCUCCCUCCAGUGUGGUAGAAAGAAAUAAAGAAGAAUCUGGAUCCCAUGUACCCUCCAACUUGGAUCUGGACAGCCCAAGGAGGUCAGAGGGCUGUCUCAGAAUGUCUGAUGAAUAUAUGUAAGUGAUUGUUACUAU